GUCAACACAGCGUCUUUUUUGACAUGGAAUUUUUUUUUCUCGAAAUCUAUUUACUGAAUACUGUACUUUUAUGGUUAAAUUUCUUAAAAUUCAUCAAAAACUUAUUAAAAAUUGAAACAAAAUGCCAGCCGAUCAAAUACAAUAUUCAGAAAAAUACUUUGAUGAUAUAUACGAAUACAGGCAUGUUAUCCUCCCACAGGAUUUAACACGUUUGGUGCCCAAAACUCACUUGAUGACAGAGACGGAGUGGAGAAAUCUUGGUGUUCAGCAGAGUCCCGGAUGGGUUCAUUACAUGAUGCACGCUCCUGAACCCCAUGUCAUUUUAUUCCGUCGGCCAAGGACUGACUUACCUGUCUCAUCGUCAAAUGCCAACAGGACAAAUGAGCAACAGACCCAAACAAACCUUAUUUUGGGGGCUUAAAAAAAACAUUUGAUAUUCUUAAGUUUUUUUAUUGUUUUGGUUUUACUUUAUAAAUGAAUAAUUUUUGGUAAAACAUGUUUAUAAAAGCCAGGAAGAACACAUUUUAAUAAUUUAAGUGCCAUUUCAUUGGCCUUCAGUGUUUUUUAAUUGGACUACUUUUACUUUCGCCUGUGCAACUGUAUAAUUUAAGAGUUUUUAAAAACUUUGUAACAAAGUUUCUGUAUAAAAUAUAUUAUAUUAAACCUAAUCUUAAUUUAGAUACAAUCAAUAAGAUGGAAUGCUUUAUAAAAAAGACAAAGAUAUAGUUAUAAAUAAUAAGAUUGAUUUAUAUAACAUGCAAAGCAUUACAAAACAUAAAUACAAAAUUCAAAUGUAACUUGAUUGUUGUUGUAAAAGAGACUCAAUUUGCAUUUGAUUUUUCGGUUUCAAUUGCAAGCCAUUUGGAUAAAAAAAUAAAAUGAAUUGAUAUCACUCAACAAGAGCUUGAAGCAAAA